UGAUUUUCCUACAACCCACAAGGUAUGGCGAUAAGUCGACGUCUUAUGGGCAGCCAAGUUCCUAUGCUGGCCAGGGGCAAGCAGCAGACAGCUAUGGGCAGCAAAGCUCCUAUGGUAGCCAAGGGCAAGGAGGUGGCAGCUAUGGAAGAUGGAGUGAAAGUGAAAGUGGUGGUCAGGGUGGGCGGUUCGGACGUGACCAAGGAGACCGUUCAGAAGGAGGGGCCUACAGAGGCCGAGGCCGUGGUGGUUAUGACCGUGGUGGUUAUGAUCGUGGCGGUUAUGACCGCGGUGGAUACGACCGUGGCGGAAGAGGUGGACCUCCUGGUAUGGGGCUCUCGAGACUACGGCUCAAGGGAUGAACCAGAUGGUGAGCAGGACAACUCUGACAACAACACCAUUUUUGUCCAGGGACUGGGAGAAGAUGCCACCGUUCAGGAAGUCGGCGACUUCUUCAAGCAAAUUGGUAUCAUCAAGAAUCAAGGCUGGUGGGUUUCUCAUCACUACGUCUCAGCUUUUCUGUCCGGUGUAAUGCUGACAUGGCCAGAUGGGAACCUGUACAAGACAUUCAGGAACCAGUUCCUUGCUUACUUCUUGUACCAAAGUUUUGUUCAGUGUCUGCAGUGCUAUUAUCAGAGCGGGUGUCUGUACAGACUGCGAGCUCUGGGAGAAAGACACAACAUGGAUCUGACCGUGGAGGGAUUUCAGUCGUGGAUGUGGAAAGGGCUGACGUUUCUUUUGCCCUUCCUCUUUUUUGGUCAUUUCUGGCAGCUCUUCAAUAGCCUCUCUCUCUUCAAAAUGGCUCAGCUCCCAGACUGUAAAGAAUGGCAGGUCCUGAUGUGUGGUCUCUGCUUCCUUAUUCUGUUCAUGGGAAACUUCUUCACUACUGUCGCCGUGGUCCGCCAGAAGCUGAAGAGCAGGAAUCAGAAACUAAAGAAUAUGUGAUAUAUACUAAUAAAUGAAAAAAAAACAACAUC